AGAGGUCGACUCUUUAGCAAAAAUGCAAUCACCGAUCAUAUACUGGUUGUUUGCAGUGAUUAUUCAAUUAUAUCUGGUGUCCAACCAUUUGGUCGAUACCUUGGAAUUUACGAAACGACAUAACGAUGAUACAAUAGUGGAUAUUAAGAAAAGUGAUUUAUGCGAUUACACGGGUGGUCCCAAAGCAUUGGGAAUGGAGUCGGGUGUCAUCCCUGAUGAAGACAUUACGGCCUCGUCUUCAUAUAAUCAACGAAGUGUCGGACCACAGAAUGCGCGAUUGAACAGGGAGUUAGUGGGUGGCGCCUGGUGUCCACUAACACAGCUAUCGGAGCCCACAUCGGGUACCGAAUGGAUUCAAGUAAAUCUACGCGAUUUAUAUGUGGUAACCGGUAUUGCCAUUCAGGGCCGGUUCGGUAAUGGUGUCGGUGUUGAAUAUGUUGAGGGAUUGUGGAUUGAAUAUUCCAGAGAUAACGGCACUAAUUGGCAUAAAUGGACCGAUCAUACAGGCAAUCAUAAAUUUCCGGGAAAUACCGAUACCUAUACAGUGGUCAAUCAUCAAUUGACACAUCCAUUGGUUGGCAUAAAUCUCAUCCGAAUUGUUCCCUUUGCUAGUCAUCAGAGGACAACAUGUCUGAGACUUGAAUUAUACGGUUGCAAACAAAACAGUCUUCCCAUUGCCUAUUCUAUGCCUGACGGAGACAGAGGAAAGUUUGGCGAUUUGGUUGACAUGACAUAUGAUGGCAGACAAGACAACAAUAGAUAUCUUACCGGUGGUAUCGGCCAACUUGUCGAUGGUAUCAGAGGUGACGACAACUAUAAGGUUAAUAAGGGUUACGAAUGGAUCGGUUGGAAAUCUGAUGGAGAAAUCAGUAGUUUUGUACAAAUUAUAUUUGAAUUCAAAGAUAUGGAAAACUUUACGUCUGCCAGCUUUCACAGCCAUAAUAUAUACUCACAAGACAUGGAAGUGUUUUCAUCGGCAAAGAUAUGGUUUAGUUUUAAUGGAAAAAUUUGGUCCAAAAAACCGGUAGAGUUUUCCUAUAUGGCCGACAAUAUGAUUGAAAAGGCUAGGGAUGUAGUCAUUCAUAUGCAUCAUCGCAUCGGAAAGUUUGUAAAAUUUGAGCUCAAAUUUGCUAAGAAAUGGCUACUCAUUAGUGAAGUGUCAUUUAAAAUGUCAAAAAUUGAGGAAAAUUUUACCGAAAGCUAUCAUCACUUGGAAUAUUCGGAAAACUUGAUCCCAAUAACAACGGCUGCCAUAAACAACAACCGAUCACUAAUGAGUGAAACUAUUUUAUUGAUAGUAUUUGGUAUCAUAUUUACGUUGAUUUUCAUUGGAAGUAUAGUUUUCAUUAGAUUUCAUAUGAAAAGAAAGGAUAAGACGGGACAUAUUGUUCAUGAAGUGGUUCACUCAAAAAAUGACUUAGCUCGUACUCCACUUUAUUGUGAACUCAAAGAUUUGUGUCCAUCCCGGAGCUCAUCGUUGAAUGAUCCAGAAUAUGCAGUUCCCGAUGUGGCCCAAACUAAUCUAUCCAUACCCAAUGGUAAGCCAAAUAUACCGCAAACAAUAUCAUCGGCAAAAUCGACACCAAAACCACAGCAAAAACAUUUGAUAGAAAAUCCAUUGAUUGGCCAUCAAAAACAUUACGCUUCAUCUGAUAUACAGUCGCCGAAAACUUUGCGAAACAAUAACUUUAUUAAAACUAAUGGAUCGACUUUCAAAUAUACUAACGGUGUUAACGAUACGAUUGUCGAUCUCAAGUGUAUACCGAAGAUCAACGACGAGGACAUUGUUUUGAUUCGUACGCCAUUUGGUUCGUCAAAAUUCGGUGAACUAUCGAUCGGUAAAUAUCAGCAACGGAUGCGAUCGCAAAGUGAUGACCAGUCGGACAAUGAAACACUUGUUGUGUUGAAAGCGCUGCGAAACGAGAAGUUGAAGAAUGAUUUUUAUCACGAAAUGAAGUCCAAGUGGUUUAUAUCGGCUAAAAGCGAACGAAUAGCCAAACUCUUCGGCUAUAUAUCGGAACCGGACUUUACGGCAAUGGUUCUCGAGGUCGGCGACUGUGAUCUCAAUCACUAUAUGAGGAACUGUGAUAGCAAUCAAUUGAGUUACUCAACACAGGUCCACAUCGCCAGUGAGGUGGCGUCGGGUAUGAAAUACUUGGAAACAUUGGGUUUCGUUCACAAAGAUCUGGCCGCCCGUAAUAUAGUGGUCUACACACGGAAUCUGGUCAUUAAAGUAGGCGAUUCGGGCGCUUUCAAUACGUCUAAUCAAUGCGAUUACGUAAACGGAAUGGCCAUCCGAUGGGCGAGUCCUGAGUCACUAAUUCACGGACAGUUCACCACAAAGUCGGACGUCUACUCGUUUGGCGUACUUUUGUGGGAAAUCAUGACUUAUUGCGCUCUAAAGCCUUUCCACACCUUAGAUGAUCAGUCCUUCCUUAAGGCUGUGGCCGCCGUUUACGAGCAAAUAUCCAAUAAUGAGUGCACUUAUAAAGACAUUUAUUAUCACUCGUUUAAUGAGGACAGUAGUCAACGUAUAUUGGCUCAGCCCAAACCUGAUGGCUGUCCCGACAAAUUGUUUAACCUUAUGCUAGACUGUUGGCAAACAAACGACGGUUCGCGGCCAACGUUUCGGGAGAUUUCCUUUUUCUUGAAUCUCAAGACACUUAAGCCUCAAAAGACAAAUGCUUUAUAA